AACAAACAUCUAAUAAUGGGACAAUUAAUCACUAGAAUAUACAACUUGUUCGAUUCAAAGCAGAGUCAUAGAAUUCUUAUGAUUGGUCUUGAUGCAGCUGGAAAGACCACUAUGCUCUAUAAACUAAAGGUUGGUGAAGUAGUAUCAACCACUCCAACUAUUGGCUUCAACGUCGAGACUAUCGAGUACAAGAAUAUCAGCUUCACAGUUUGGGAUGUUGGUGGACAGAAUAAGAUAAGAGUACUUUGGAGACAUUAUUACCAGAACUCAAGUGCUGUUAUAUUUGUGCUGGACUCUACUGAUAUUGAGAGAUUCGAUGAGGCUAGAGAGGAGAUUGCCAGGUUCUCAGAGGAUGAGUCAUUGAGAGGUGCUCCCAUCUUGAUAAUGUGUAACAAACAGGAUAUGAAGGGUGCUGCUACCAUUGCCGAAGUGAUGGAGAAGCUCAACCUGAAUCAAAUCAGAGAUAGGAAGUGGUACUGCCAACCAACAGUUGCCACAACUGGUGCUGGCAUGUAUGAAGGACUGGAAUGGCUGUCCCAGACCCUCAAG